AUGCAGGGUGUUUAUUCAGUCAGUAAUUUCCGGGGUGAAUGUAUAGGUCAUUCUGAGCAACUUUUACUAUGGGACCAAUCCCAAAAUUGCGAAAAAAAACUACUCUUCCAUAGAAAAUAUCAAGGUCAGACAGCCAAAAUGUAUAAAACAGCCAAUUAUUUUUCGCGAUUUCGGGAUUGGUCCUAUAGUAAAAGUUGCUCAAUAUGACCUAUAUAUUCAGCCCGUAAAUUAUUGCAUGUGAUUAAUAAACAUCCUGUAUGUAUAUUAUUAGGUUGGCAUUAUUCAUUUCACGCCUAAAUUAACUGGUAUUCUAGACGAACAACCUCCAUAGUCCAUACAACACCGCGUACAACAUUGAUGAUAAUGAUGAUUCUCGCCGCGUUGUAUGGUGUCUCCUUUUUUUACUAGAAAUUUUAUUUAAAAAGUCAUAAUUUUAUAGAAGUUUGACGUUAAUAAUAACGACACUUCUACAGUCUGUUUUAUCAAACGCGGUAAAGAGUUAGCUUAGCCUGACUCUGCUGCUACAUACUACAUACAUACCUGCAGAAAUUUUUGUUGCUGACAUAUCUCUUACCAAUUGAUUGAAAUUACCUGGAAGAAAAAUAAUGUUACAUACAAUUUUGACAGACAACCUAACUAAAUAUUUCAAGAUGGCAACGUACUCCUAAGGCUGGGUUCACACGGCAUUGAUCUACAGGCUUUUUUAAAUAUACGUCUUAACGAAUAAAUAGUGGCACAUUCUUUAUGCAUAGAACCGUUCACACGUCUUUCUACAUUUGCAAAAAAUCCUACAUUGUUUAUAUGGCUAGACAACUUUCCCGCAUAGACGUCGUGUGAACGUGUGUAUUAUGUCUGUGGUGUGAACGAUUUUGUAAGUUGCCAUACAAAUGUUGCUGUCACUACGGUAUUCGAUAAAAUACCGAUUCAGGUAUACGGGAAAAAUUAACGUUGUGUGAACCUAACCUCAUUCACAUUGCACCGGCACGAUGCCGUUUUUUAUCGUAUAACAAUCGGACAAGCAACUAGUACCGGAGCGUCGUUCGCAGGGAUCACACGUCGUGGUUAUUUCAAAAUGGUUGACGAAUCUUGUAUAGAUAACGAAUUAUUAAUUGAUUUAGUGGAACAACAUCCCGUUUUGUGGGAUAAAAAUACCGAACUUUAUAAAAAUCGUGUUGCAACCCAAGCGGCUUGGAAGGAAAUUAUGAUAGUAUUUGAUCCGAAUUUCGAGACAAAGGAAGAAAAAACUAGACAAGUUUUCGCUAAACUAAUUAUUCAGAGGUGGACUCACAUAAGAGAUAGUUAUAGUCGAUCAUAUAAAAAGAUACAAGGUCAGAAGAGGUCCAGAACAACCAAAAUAACGAAGCCUUAUGUAUAUAGUAAACAGUUAUCCUUUCUGCAGAAAAUAAUACAACCUAACCAGAAAAUAACCAGGCUUCCUCGUAUUACCGGAAAUGACAGCUUCGAAUCCGAAGAUCAGGAUAAUAAUUCCGAAGCAAACGAAUCAUCGGAAUCAGAUUCUACCCAGACAGACGAUAUCAAGGCAACGUCGUCAAACACAAUAGCUGAACGAAUAUCUAAAAGACACGUGAAGAAUGACGUUAAACCUACAGAUGCUAAGAUAAUGAAAUUUAUGGAUUCUUAUUCAAAUAAUGAACCUAAAACAAUGAAUCGGCAUCUUUCAUUUUUUUAUGGGAUAUUACCAACGUUAGAUAAGUUUGACGAAGAUGAAAUCCUUGAAUUCCAAAUGGGAGUACUCCAAUUAUUAAAAAAAAUAAAAAGCAGUCGCCUAAAUAGUGAGUAGUUUGUCAGUCUGCCAUCAGUACAGAGGAUAUGAUACCAAUAAAUACUAAAAUAAUAAUAUACAACAAGCUAUAAAUAUUCUCAGUACAAACUUGAAUACAACAGCUCCUCUUGAAAACCCUGACUCUGUUCUAACCACACCGAUAUUGAUUAACUAUGAUGAUUUUAAUAAUGACAAUGAAAUAAAACUCACUCAAAUAUGAAUAAAACUUAAAUAAUAUCUACCUGUGUAUAUUUAUUUGUGGGCUCACCUUAAACAAAUAGCUAAUUUUAUUUCACUUCGGCAUAUUCGUAUUUAUUUUGUAUGAAUUUUCCAGUCGAUUUAAUAUAC